AUCAUUGGAGACUGUUCCUUCUGUUUCAAAAAGUUUUGCACACGUCACAGACUCUUGGAGUCACAUGACUGUGAGCACUACAGAGAAGUGCAGAAGGAUUACCACAUGAGAAACGCUAAGCAGCUCCAAUCUCAACAGACCGUUGUCUCCAAGGUU